AUGCAAGCCGAAAAGCUUAAGGUGCUUUUGGAUUGGGGUCUCGAUAAUGGAGUAAAGUGCCCAGAUGACGUCGAGUUUGUCAACGUGGGCGGCAAAGGUUUUGCUUGCAUCGCUAAAAGUGAUAUAACAGAAGCAGAAUUCAUUAUCCCAGAAAGUUUGAUUAUCAAGAGCAGCUUAGCGGUAAGUUUCUUCAAGGUGAACUCGAAUCAAACCUCAUGGCUGAAACUUCUCAUCGCCAAGCUUAAGUUCGACAAAAGUUCGACAACCGUUGACGAUGAAAAUUUGAAAGCGAAGUUCGCGCCUUAUAUUGACGCUCUUCCAGAUGAAAUUGAUUCACCGCUUGUUUGGAAUCCGUCGGAGCUCGAUUUGCUCGGAAACACAAAUUUGAGGAGCUCUUUGCGCAUAAAGCUCUAUUCCAUUUUCAACGAAUGGAAGUUGAUUAUGGAAACCUUGAAAAAGCACAGAAAUGAAGUCCAGGCGGAGAUCCUAAACAUCGAAGAGACUUUGGGACAAAGCGAAGAUCAUGUCUAUCGUAACAUAACCUCAAAAGUGUUUCAACAUAGCUCUGAGACCGACUGGUGGUCCUUCCCUGCUUUUCUUUGGUCACAUAUGAUGUUCUUAUCCCGCGCUUUCCCUGAGUACGUGAUAAAUCCUUCCACUGACCCUUCAAACGUUGUGUUAUUGCCAAUUAUUGAUCUUCUUAACCAUGACUAUCGUUCAAAAGUUGAGUGGAAUCAGCGGGAUGGCGCUUUCGGAGUCCGCAAGUUGGAGACCGUCUUGAGAGGAGAAGAGAUUUUCAAUAACUAUGGAGGGAAAGGGAACGAAGAGCUCUUGAGUGGGUAUGGCUUUGUUUUAGAAGAAAACAUAUUUGACACGGUCGCACUUAAAAUUCAACUCCCUCUGACGACUGUAUCUGAGAUAACGUCCACGACUCAUUUGUUCUUGCCAACUCUUUCGGAUUACACAACAUCGGCAUUUGAACUGUCUUCAGGCAAAGAAACGAAGCAGAUGCUGCCUAAAAAGGAUUCUCAAUACAAAGAUGGGGUGCUCUAUUUGCUAAGUAAAGAAAAUGAUGCCCCUCUGAGAUGGCUACUGGAUCUGUUUUCGUUUCUCGAAAAGUCUCCGGACGAGUCAUGCUCAAGCCUGAGAGUACGACUACAAGGGUUGCAAAACUUGCGUAAUGCGAUAGAAACAAAACUCUCUUCGACCAGCUCAACUUCGGACCGUCAAGCUGCUGGAUAUGAUAUCAAGGAGUACCGGGCGCGCGCGGCCCGUAUAUACAAAAGCGGUCAGACCAAGGCACUCAAACACGCUGUCAACGAGCUCAAGCGCACAGAAAAAGAAUGGACUUCGCAACACAAAGGCGACCUCCUGACAGCAAAGAGGAUAAUGCGCUUCGAUCCCAAUUUUAUGGAGAGUGAACUGCCGCUACUGUUGCGGACCAAUGCAAACUCUGACAUAACUUUAGAUUCUUACGAUACUUUGAUUAUUCUCUGGGUAGCGUGCAAGGCCGUUUUCAACACAUGUCCCAGAGAAGCUCAGUGGGCGAUGGACGCAUUCAAAGCAUAUUCCGAUUGCCGUGAAAACACCAUGGCCUCAUCGGCCGAAGGCCAACAUUUGUACCAGACCUUUUUCCCUAAUGGGUCUAGCAGGCUUGGUCAGGAGCAGUUCAUUAAUGCGACAGAGUUUCUACAGCAUUUUUCAUAUACCCGUUUAUCGAACGGCGAGGUCAUCUUGGUUAAAGACGUUAAUUUGUAA